AUGAAUAGUGAACUGACGAAGUUUUGGCAGAAAUGCAUAUCAGAUACUUCUCGGUUCUUCUCAACCCCCAUAUCUCUCUUUUCUAAUAUCUGUUUCUUUCUGUUGCUUUCUGGAUGGUUCCGGUCCACUACCCUAGACGGCGUCGUUGAACAGCGAAGCACCGUCCACCGCCCACCACCUCUAAUACCGGUUCUGAUUGUAGGACCAAUCGCACUAGGGCUUGGUUCAUCUUUCCCUACAGCAAUCGUCGAUUCUCCUACAAAGCGUGUUUCAGAAUCGACGUCCCCCACAAGCCCUAAAGAUGCCUACUCAAUUCCCAACUUGGACGAGAAAUGGUUUGCACCCUGGCGAUGUCGGCUUGGAGUUCCACUUCAUUCAACAAACGGAAAUAUCAGAAUGUGGAUGAUGUUUACCCAGGUUGUUCUACCAGAUUCCAUCAUCAGUAAAUCUGGCAAAGCAACAAAUAGUCGUUUAAAGAGCAUAGCACCAAAAGAAGUAAAGGUACUAAUGUAUCUGCUUAAUUUCACGGAUCCAGAAGAACGAUUUUCAGCUUUAUCAACUGCAUUUUCUCCUGGUAAAGAUGAUGAGGCUAAGGAUCCCAAUAAUUGUAUACCUCGAGAAGUGAAAAUUGUAUUUAGCGAUUGUGGUCCAACUUUUGGCUUUCAAAAGACAAGCCAAACACCCCCAAAUGUAAAGAUCAAUGUGUCAAUAUACAAUUGGGAUAUGAUUCUUAAUUCGUCUUCAAAGUCGCCUCAAGAGAACUUAUGGAAGCAAAAUAUCCCUGUUGGGGCAGAGGGGUCCACCAAUACUUCACCCAAACAGCGAAAUCAUCCCAUUUGUGCCUAACAUGACACCAGGUGGACGACAAAAGGCAGGUUGUACUGUUUCACACAUUUACCAAUUUAUGCCAUAAUAUUCCAGUUUUUCCGCUUUUUAUAGCAUUACACUUUCAAAUAUUCACUAAUUACGCAUUAUAGUCUCCGAAUUACAUCCAUUUAUAGCAUCAAAUGCAUUGGAUUUCUUUUUUGAAGUUUUUUGCUUAUGUGCUGUUAUUUGAAAAUGUGGUAAUCGUUUGCCACAUCAUCAUCAUUUGGACUGUCACAUAAGCAAAAAGCAAAAAAAAUUAAAAAUGAAAUGGUAUCCUGUUCGGUAACCAGUUCUACGGGUUAAAAUUGCAGGCUUAUUGUAAGGAUAUAAUCAAAAGCGGACACCAUAACACUUUUAAAAUAAGUUGUUAAUCAAAUAUUUUGAUCUAACUAUGAUGCUAUAAUUAGGUAAAACGUUCAUUGCCUUGGAUUUAGAAAAAAAAUCAAUUAUUUACGACUGGGAAAUAACCCAUUAAGUAUAAAACUGCAGGUUUGAAAAUUAUCUGGAUUUGUGGAUCACAAAUCUUAUAUUUAAGAUGGCAACGUUACUUUCAUUCAGAUACCAUUACAAUUUAAGCAAAUUAUGUUAUACUUUUUCUGUUGUUAGAAAAAACCCGUCCCGGGGCGAAUAAGUUGCUUAUUUUGAGAUUUGUAAUGGUUGUGAUAUGUUUUGUAGUGAUGAUAAUGAGGGCAAUAAUAUGUAAUAACUACAAGGUGUU